AUGGAUUUAUGGAACAUAACUACUUUAAUUCCUCGUUUUCGCUAUUCACCUGCGAGAGUUUCUGAAGGUUGUUCGGAACUGAUUGCUAGCGAUAUGCCUUUUUGGACUACUCAGGACACUCGCAAUGCUCUAUUGGCGACUCUUCUUCCUGGUUCAGCUGUAGCCGCAUCAUUGGCAUGCUAUAUUCCUGAUAAGGAAACCGCCAGUUGGUAUUCGGCUCUCCGCAAGCCAAAAUGGGCUCCAACAGAUACGCGUUUUUAUGCCAUAAGCGACAUCCUGACUAUCUCUCCUCUGGGGUAUGCUUCCUACUUAGUCUACAAAAAUGGUGGAGGCUUUGAUUACAACGACACUACUUGUGCUCUUGCUUUAUACGGAACCAAUAUUGCUUUGGCUUUCGGAACGAUAAUCACAGCCAAGAAGAAGAAUCUUUCCUGUCUAUGGAAGCAUACACUCUUGGUUCACGCUACUGCUGUUUGUUUUGCUUUUGCAUUCUACAAGAUUGAUAGCCAUGCUGGGCUUUGGGCUCUUCCUUAUGCCCUGUGGACAGGAUUCUAUGCUUGUCUCACAUAUUCAGGAUGCAAGGAAAAUAAGGAUGAUGAAUAA